UUUAACAGACAUUUACAGUCCCUAAUAUAUAGUUUAUGUCAGACUUAAGCAUUUAGCUCCAAGUUCAGGCUCACAGAGCUGCAAACAUGACUGUUGACUCUUCAUCUUGUUCCUCUCACGUUUAAAACACACACGUUUAUUUUUACAAUGUACGUACUUCACAUUCUGACGACUUCAACUGUUUUCUUCAUAAAAAUUCAAGCCAGCGAUUUGGUUUAACUUCAGCUUGUGCAGAGGCCAGCGAUCCCAUCCCGUUGGUGUCAACUCUCUAUACCACCUGGUCACGUAAAAUGUUGAUAAAUCUGAAUUCUGAAUCUGAGGUGGGGAUGACCAUGGAGGACUACAUACUUCUGGCUGAUAUUCCGAAGAUCCAGCUGGAGUCAGAAGAAGAGAUUCCUGGUCUGAGGAGGAGGAACCAGAGUCCCAGCCCAUGUAGGGACCAAAGAGUCAGGACAUACAGGCACCAAGAUGAAAUAGAUGUUUGCAGUUCAGGGCUUGAGCCAGAUGUGGGGAGCCGAGGCAGGGAGAGAGGGAGAGACAGACGAGAGAAAUGUCGGGACUCGGAGAACGGACGAUCAUCUCGAAGACCGUCGACAGCAUCUCUUCAUACACAGAGUUCAGAAAAUCAAAGUGGAAAGCACAGACCUUCAAAGCUGAAGGAGCGAGCUCCUCCUGAACACCUGCAAACACAGGGGUGGAUGUCCAGACUGGAUGAACAUGAAAAGUGGAGGAAACACUGGUUUGUCCUGGGUGAUACUUCGCUGAGGUACUACAGAGACUCAGAGCCUGAGGAGUCAGAUGAUCUGGACGGAGAGAUCGACCUGACGACCUGUGUGAAUGUGUCAGACUGUGACGUAGAGAUCAACUAUGGACUCCGAAUACAAACAAAGAGAGCAGUGUUCACUCUCUCUGCUGUGACCUCCAGAAUACGGCGGAACUGGGUGAAGUUACUAAAGCUGGCGAUUCAGAACAACACACACCAAUUAGACACCGGCAGUGAGAAAGAGAACCCCCUCUCCCGGAGACCGUCGUCAUGCCAACCUCUCACUCGCUUCACCUGCAAGGACUCCGGCUAUGAACCAACCGCUUCCACCACCACAGCUGCAAACUCCCAUCAGGCCAAUCAUCACCACCACCGCCGCCACCAAACAGUAGACGGGCGUCUGCACACAGACUUAUCUCCAGCUAGUCAGAGAGAAGAAGGGGAGGGCUGGGACCGCGAGCAAGCGAAGCGAUUGGAGGAGAGGAACAAGUGGUUUGAGGAGGGUGUCCCCUUCAGUGAGAUGAGCAGCAGGUGGGACUCCAUGGAGCUGAAGAAGGGGAGUGUGCUUGUGCCUGUAAUUGAAACCAUGGAUUUAGAGGUCACCCGGAAGUGGGUAGAAUUUGAGAAGCUGUCGUUUAGGGACAUUAGUGCACAGACUCUCAUUGGAGCCCAUCAGCCAAGCUCCCCACAGGCAUCACAGUCUCCAGUUACCACCCAGACUUAUCAGUCGAGCUCUAAUGAGGCUGAACACACUGUCACUGGUUCACAGGCAGAUUUAACAAGCUCACAGCAGGAUCUUCCAUCUUCAAAUGGUGUCAAAACCAAUCAAACUAAUACAGCUGAAGCUCUUCAAAAGGAGGCGCUCUCUCUUCGAAAACAAGUGGAGAGCAUUAAGAAAGAGCGUGCAGCCAUGGGGAUAGAGGUGGACAGUCCCUGUGGCCCCGGGGCCCCCUGUAGGGCCAGACUUGAAGCCAUGGAAGUAAACCAUCGGAAAGCUCUGCAGGAGCUGCAAUGCCAACAUGAGAGGGAGAUCAAGGACCUGGAGGAGCAGAGAGACACGAUGCUGCAGCAGGAGAGUCAGGCUGCUGCCAAAGCUAUGGAGGCUCUGAGGGCAGCUCACAGAGAGGAGCUGGAGAGGGAGGUGGAGAAGGCCAGGAGGUCGCCAGGAGAAGCUGCACAUGUGGAUACUUCACACAGAGGACACAUGCCCCAGGCAGAUGUCUUGCACAGUGAGUUAGAUGUGCUGUCAGAUCGCUACUCUCAGAAGUGCCUGGAGCUGAACAGCACUGAGCAGAGCAGCAAGAGCCGAGAGACGGAGCUCGGCCACAAGGAGAAAGAGCUGGAGCAGCUCCGAAGAGAGAACCAGGAGCUGAAGGCCAAACUGGCUGAAGAGAUCAGCCGAAUGCGUUCCUUCAUCACAGGGCAGAGGUCGGACAUGACGUCACUUGGCAGCGCUGAGCGCACUAUGUCAGAAGUAGAGAUGCUGCUGAGAGCAAAAGAAAACGAGGUGCAGUAUCUUAAAAAAGAAAUCAGCUGUCUACAGAGUGAAGUGCAGUCUCUUAACAAGCCCUGAAUCAAGAAAUGAGACGCAGCUUAUGAGCGUUAUAGGGAGGCCUAUGUGGAGCUGAGUGACAUGAAGGGUCGUAGCCAGCUGGAGAUGGGCUCCCUCAACCAACAUUUGAGACUGGCCAACACUGCAGUUCAGGAAGGAGCAAGACAGACCUGACCAAUGAAGACAGCUGCUUUAAAUUUCCCUGGAAACAUCAAAAGCAAGCCAAUAUAACAACAUCAUUACAUAACAAUAAUAGUGUGUGUUGUUAUGACUGGAUAUGGCUUGGAAGAGUCAGAAUAAGAAUUAUGGCAACUACUACUGUAUACUUGCAAACCCCCAUGCAAUGACUGUUAAGAUUAAACAACAAGUGUUUUCCACAUGU